GUGGGUGGGGCACACAUGGUGCAGGUGGGUGGGGCACACAUGGUGCAGGUGGGUGGGGCACACAUGGUGCAGGUGGGUGGGGCACACAUGGUGCAGGUGGGUGGGGCACACAUGGUGCAGGUGGGUGGGGCACACAUGGUGCAGCUGGGUGGGGCACACAUGGGUGGCGACACCCACCUACACUACCAUUUUUCUUAA